AUGCAAUACGGCAGCAUCAACACUGCUAGUACUAAUAGCAGGGAUUCAUCUUUCGCUCCGCAAGAAAAUCUCCCCGACGAUAAGGCGCUUAGAAGGCUCAUAUCUGUCACCAUCGCUGUAGUUUGCUUGAUUGCAGCUCUCUUUGAAUCGUCGUCCUCUGCCAACGAAGAACUCUCGUUACCCCUUCCUCCGAUGUCUUCCGUUUUCAAGCCCGUCGACAAAUUUUCUUCUCCGCACUGGAAAACAUAUGGAGAUAUAUCUGAGAUACGGGAAAAAGAUGCAGAAUACUCAGAAGCUGGCGGAUGGUGGAAAGUUGAGGGCGACAAACUCCUCAUUGCGCCGAAAGCAAAACAAGAUUUUUGGAGAAAGACCUACUAUGAACCUAUUCUUGUCAAAGAUGACGGAUCUUUCCUUUAUCAUAUUGUCCCUGAAAAAGACCUACCAGCUACCAUAGAGACAAGCUUCUCUUUGACACCCAAGGCACAAUUCGACCAGGCAGGUAUUAUUAUUCGACUUGAUGCAGAUCACUGGAUCAAAACGGGCAUUGAAGUUGUGGACGAACAGGCGCGUCUCUCUUGUGUUGUUACGAAUGGAUUUAGCGAUUGGUCGACGCAGCAUGUCUCCGAGCCGGGAAUCAAGAUUCGAGUACAUUUACUUCCACAGCAUGGCGGCAGUUUUGUGGUGGAAGCUGCUCCUAGAGAUACCGACGAGUGGUCAUUCAUCCGCAUUGCCCACCUGAGUAGGAAUUCCAACGAUGGCAGUCUAAAUGACAAUAAAGAAGUCAAAAAUAGCUUCCAUGGCGAAAGCGCGCAGCCAGGAACCCUCAUGGUGGGAGUCUUUGCAGCAUGCCCAGUGGAUCAGAAGGGAAUGGUUGCGACUUUUGAUAGUAUCUCAAUAACCAAAGGCUCUGCCUUUGUUCACGACGCUUAG